AUGAAGUCACCACCACCACUUCAUCCCGUCACCAGCGAUCCUAUCAGUGACGAUUCAUCACAGGAUGAGCAUAGCCGGAUUUUCGCACUAGAAGAGGAUCAGGGCAUUUACCAUCACCAAGAGGUUGUCGUCCCACCUCGUUCUGAAUCUGACGACGACAUACCUUUGCACCUCGAGAAUAGCGUUGGUAAUGGAAAACCAGCGACUAUGCUGACGGCAGCCGACAGACCUGCAAGUGUUCGAUCAGUAAGAUUCUCAGGGCCUGAACCAACUCAUUCGGAAGAAGAAGAGAAGGACUCAAAACCUUCUGAUGUCCCAGAGGAGUACGAAGAAGCACUAAGUGGGUGA